AUGAAGCUGUCUGCAAGCAUCUUUGCCCUAUUGGCCGUUGCCACCUUCUCAUCUGUUGAUGCUGCUCCUGCUGUCUCUACUGAUCCUGCUGUCAAGACUUUGACUAUCCCUUUGACUGGAAACCCUAGCUAUCAGCGCAAUGCUACCAGCGCUGUCUUGAAAGCUCGCGGAAAGUACAACAGAUUCAUUAACAGUGCCAGUACCUUUGCCAAUACUGGUACCGUUCCUAUGAUUGAUUACUUGUAUGAUGUUGAGUACUAUGGCACCGUCAAGGUCGGAACUCCUGCUCAGUCUCUUAAGCUUGACUUUGACACUGGAUCUGCCGAUCUCUGGUUUGCAUCAACUCUCUGCACUAACUGCGGUUCUACCCAGACCAAGUUUGACUCUACCAAGUCCAGCACCUACGUAUCCAGCACCAAGACCUGGUCCAUCAGCUACGGAGAUGGCUCUUCUGCCAGUGGUGUUGUUGGCUUCGAUACCGUAAACCUUGGCGGUCUCUCAAUCACUGGUCAAGGUAUUGAACUUGCCAAGAAGGAAGCCACCGCUUUCCAAACCGGCCCUAUUGAUGGCUUGCUUGGUCUUGCUUUCGACUCCAUUAUUACUGCCACUGGUGUCAAGACCCCUGUGGACAACCUUAUCAGCCAGGGUUUGAUUACUAGCCCUGUCUUUGGUGUCUACCUCGGAAAGCAGACCACUGAUGCCGUUGGAGAGUAUGUCUUUGGUGGCUACAACAGCAACCACAUUAACGGUACUUUGACUACUGUUCCCGUUGAUAACUCUGAUGGUUUCUGGAGCAUCACUGCCAGCGCCGCUACUGCUGGUACCACCACAACUACCACCAGCCUUGGUGCUAUCGAGGGUAUCCUCGACACCGGAACCACCCUCAUGAUCUUCACCAACACCAUUGCUACCAAGGUUGCAAAGGCCUACGGUGCUACCGACAACUAUGACGGUACCUACACAAUCAAGUGUGAUACUUCCAGCUUUGCUCCUCUUACCUUCACUAUCAACGGAGCCAAGUUCACUAUUCCUCCUGCCGAUCUCAUUUACUACAGAGGAUCGACCUGUAUUGCCAGCUUUGCUUAUGCUAAUCUUCCUUUCGCUAUCUUUGGUGAUGCCUUCCUUAAGAGUCACUAUGUGAUCUUCAACCAGGCUGUUCCCAAUGUCCAGAUUGCUCUCUCCAAGUAA